CUGCACGCUAGGUCAUAAAACAGGGAUUUUGUGUAGCAAAGCACAGAUUUUCAAUCGCAAGAGUGGAAUACGAAGAAUAUAUGAUAUGAAUUCAAGAACAGAUUGAUCUGUUUCCUUUCUUCCCCCUUUCCUGUUUCCUCUGCGGCACUGAAGUUGAAUCACAAUGGGAAAUGAAAGCAGUUCUAUGGGUGAUCAGCCAAAGGCUACUGAUACAGAUACAAUCACCUCAAUAGCACCAAAUGAGGAGACCACACAGGACAUUUCAAAGUUACAUAAAAAGAAGAAAGCCACCUUAAGUGGAUCUCGUUCAAGUAAAUACAGUAAAAAUGAUCAGAAUGUGGAUGAAGAGUUGCCAGGUUUGAAGACUGCAGGAACAGCCAGUGACCAGGCCCUUACAUUGCACACACAUCCUGCUUCCAGCCUUCAAGAAAAUAUUGCCCAGAAUCUAAGUCAUGAAAGUGAAAGCAUUCCAGCAGAUCUUCAGGUAAAGUUCUGUGCCUCUAUUCAGACUACAGGUGGACCUGUUGAUCCUGGCCCCAAAACAGGAAACAAUGAUGUCCAGUCUCUUGAAUGUAACACUGAAAGCAACCUCAAUACGACAUCUCAAGAAAUCCUGGGAGGGCAAAAGGAUGUAUCACCAGAAGGCAAAGAGAAAACAGAUCUUCAAUUUGCCACAGAUCCAAAGGUUCCAUUGUUAAUUGAAAACAAAAAUAGCUUGUUGUCUUCACUAGAAGACACUGUGUUGCAAGGAAGCAUCUUGGAUGUUAAUUAUACUUUUGAUACAAAUACUUCUGGGGCUGUAGGUACUGGUCACUGCCUGAAAACUAGCUCCUUACCAGUACAAGAAAAUGGCGCAGAGAGUGUAAUGGAGGAAAGAUUCUCAGAGCGACUGCAUCGUGAUGAGCAGCUGGACAAAACAGAUGAUCAUAACUCAGAUUGUUCACCCCAGGGCACACCAGGGAGCAUUCAGUUACCUGCCCCAGAGACUAAGUGCAGCCUUGUGUUGCCAGAACCAGGAACUAAAGAAUCCAUCAGGGAGGAAAAGCCAGCAAGAAGCACAGAUGGCAAAGGCAAUUUGUUAAUGGUCGAAACUCGAGACCCAAUGUAUCUGACAGCCGUGCAUUUAGAAAAACAUACUGAGCAUGUUGCAGUCACAGGUCACAAUGCUGUCAUUUAUCCUCAACUCAAAGUUGAAAAUGAGCAGUUCAUGAAAGAAGUGGUCACUAAUAAAGAGAAGUUUGCUUCACCAAAGGUCAGUCUUAGACAGACAGGGGUCUCUACUACAGUGUCAGAAUAUGCAGUAAACUUGUCUGAGGGAGUGGUGCUGGAGAGGAAUGAAUUGAGUUUUAGUCAUGAUAUUGAUCACCUCCAUGCCUCUAUCAGUGAAGAAAAUGAGUGCAGUUUUCUGCCAAGCGCAGAACAUCAAAAAAGCCAUGCAAACAUGGAGUUACUGUCUAUCUGUACAUCAGAUUUUGAUCCUUCUCAACUGAAUGUGACACUGCUAGCAGUUGAUGAGCAACAGAAAACACAGAAUAUAGAUCAAGAAAAUAUCUCCACAGAAAGCACCUGCAAUCUUGUAACUAUGAUAGAGAAUAUUCCAGAAACUACAGCCUUGUCCCCAGUCCAGCAGAAUCCCAGUGCUCCAGGAACAGGAGAAAAGCUAAUGAUUCUCAGUUGUGGCGGUAAACAGGAUCAAAUUUAUAAUCAGGAGACAAAAACUAAUGUUUGUGAAGAAGAGCUGGGCAUGAAAGAUGUACUUCCAAUUAGCCCUGAAACAAUUGAUGGUUUGGAACCAAAAGGGACAGUGCUACUUUACAAUGAUGAAGAACAGAUUUGUGCCAGUGAUUCAAAAAUAAAGGUUUGUGAUGCAGAUGUAUGGAAUUUUCAAGAAAAUGCCAAUUCAGCACUGACUAAUCCGAAUAGUUACUCGGAGAACACAUCGGGGGUACUUCUGAGCUUCUUCAGUGAUGGUAACCAGCAAGCACAAGGCAGUGAGGAGCAAACCGAAGUUUUGGAACAAAAAUUAUCAACUAUGCAGGGUGACAUGGAAAGUUCUUCUUUCCCAAAAAUAUCUGAAUUGCCACUCUGUCAGAACUUGGACUGUGCCCGGGGAUUCCAAAAUGACCAGCAAGAGUGCAGUACUGAAAAUGAAGAUGACAGACUUGAGAAAAAUGGGGCUACUGUUCAAACUGGGGGAGAAAAUGGGUUUCUACAGGAUAAAAUGGGGCUGUCCUCUAGCUCUCAGGAUCUUGAUUCAGUGACUGUGAAGGGAGAACUACAGAACAUAAAAUCUCUGAGCGAACAGCCAGAAGAUACUGGUGAGAUACAAACUGAGGUUCGUGUAGAAACGUCUGCAGAGGGUCUGCCCUGUUUGCAAAACAAUGUGAGUUUGGAAAAUGUAAUGUUGCUAGACACAGUUGAGAUGACCCCAAGCUCUGAGAUUCCUCACACAGUGAAUGUAGAUGAGAUAUUCAUUCUCAGUACUGAGCAACAUCAGAUAAGUAACAGCAAAGUAAAAAAUUGUGGAGGAAAUGUGCAUAACUCUCAAACGGAGUAUGUAGAAUUACCACAGAGCCCUGGGGUUCCUAUUACAGUUAUAACAGAGGAGGCACUGUUAUCUGGCACAAUUCAAGAGCAAGUACACGAGAGCAAGUGUGACUUGCAGGCUAGGUUAGAAACUUCCAUAUUCUCUGAGAGCAUGCAGUCAUUGCCUAAUGAUCAAAACAGUGACUCGAAAGAAGCAACAGCAGAGAAACUAUCAGAUUUCAGUUAUUCCACUGGACAAACAUCAAGAUGUGUUGACGAAACACUCUGUCAAGAAGAUUUGAGCAGGAAUCAGAUGAUAAGUCAUAUUACAAUCCCAGCAGCCAUGCAGCUGCCAGCUGGCUCAAUCUUUCCCGGUACAGCUGAAGUGAAAGAAUCAUUUUUGUCUGCCAGUAGUGAGCAGACAUGCAGCAGUGAAAAGCAAGAGAAAAUUUCUGACAAAAAUAUGUCCAGUCCUACUCCAGAAAGCACUUUGUCUUUAGAAACAAUGGACUUACCACCUGCACCUCAGAAUAGCAACUCAACAGGCAUGAAAAAUGAACAGGACAGUUUGAGCCAUGGCAGUGUACAGCAGACAGGACAGGAAGAAAUCAAAGGAAGCCCUGGUAAAGGAGAAGUGUACAGUUUCCAGACGGAUCAGCAAGAUAUGAAUUCAGAAGGAGUGGGAUCGUGGCUGGUCCCUCAGCAUACUGCUGGCACUGAAAUGAAAGAGGCCUCACUGAUCUUCAAUAGGGAACAGCUACAAGUACUGAUCAAUGAAGAACAACAAAAGGAUUAUGAGUGUAAUGUGGGCAACCUUCACGAAGGUCUUGAAAAUAGCACUCAGUCAACAAACAUAGGAUUGGCAUGGACUAUUUCGGAUGCUACAGCUAAAGAAAGAAUGUCAGAGGGUUUUGCUCAUGAGCAAGCGGAAUUGUGUCAAAGGCUUUCUUUGAAUGCACUAUGCGCAAAUAAAUCAGACAGCCCUCAAAGGCCUGGAAGGAGCAUUAGAAUUUCAGAAAUCGCUGAAUCACCAUUUAGUAUGCAGAAUCCCAAUGUAGUGGAAAAUGGAAAAUUAUUAUCAACACGAUUCAGCAAUGAACAGCUGCAGGCAGGCAGUGAGAUAGCCAAAGGAACAGAGUUUGAAGACAACGUGCAGAAUCUGCAGACAGAUACUGUGAAGGUUAUUGCCGUGAGCAUGGAUUUGUCACCCAGCUCAGAGAUUCCUAGCACUGAUGGACGAACAGAAACAUUGCUUAGCUACAGAGAACAGCAAACACGUGUCAGACACCAGCAAGAUACAGUGUCUGAGGGCAAUACUUAUGACUUUCCAACUGGUGCAGAAAUGAGCUUGUGCCAACAAACCAAGAAAUUAUCUCCUCCAACUCGGAAUAUUGGUUCCAAAGCUACAGGAAAUGAACAGCUGCCACUGAUUUAUGACAGUGAGCAGGAAGUAGUAUGUGGAGAAAUGGCAGAGAACCUCUCCAGAGAAAAAAAAGUGUGCAGCUUUCAGACUGACCAAGAAGGAGUGGAAUCAUUGCUGGCCUCUCAGCAUGUGUCUGGUGUUGGAAUGAAAGAGACAUUACUGACCAUCAGUGGUGAACAGCCACAAACAAUUCUUGGUGAGGCACAGCAAAAUGAUUAUAAGGAAGAGGUUUGCAGUUAUCAGAAAGACCUUGUAGAAACUGUACUGUCAACAAGCACAGAACAUGCACUGAAUCUUCAGGGCGCUACAAAUGAAGAAAAGACAUCAGAAGUUUUUGGCUUCUCUAAUAUAAUGCAGCAGGACACUGAAUUGAAAUAUAGAUCCCUGGAAAUGAAUGUAGAAAUAUCCCAGGCAUCUGUGGAAAAUACUUUUCCUCCAGAAGCUAUUAAAUUAUCAACUGAUGUAGAGCAAUCUGAGGUAGUGGAAAAGAGUAAUGUAUUACCAGAGUUCAGCAGGCAGCAGGCACGCUGUGAGAUCAAAGAAAAAAUAUUUGAAGAAAGUGAGCUAAGUUCUGCUGGAAACAUUACAACUCCAGAAGCACGGAAGUUGGCAGUCAGCUGUCAGAUUCCUGAUACUACAAACCUGGAAGGGACAAGAAUUGGAUACAGCAGUGAACACCAACAAGUGGAUGAGAAUGGGAAACAGGAAGUGACUGAAAAAAAAUUGUGCUGCUUUCUUACUGGUACUGAAACUAUGGAAAAUACUUUGAUCCCUCAAGCUCAUCUGGGUCUCAGCACAAGUGCAACAAGUCAGGAAUUUUUGGUUUUUAGUGUUGAUAAACAGCAAAUAUCCUCGAAAGGAAUAGAAGACAACUACUUUGGGGAAAAUGUAGGUCAUCUUCAACAAGGUGAAGAAAAUAUUCCACAAAACUCAAUCACAGAAUGUCCUGCUCAGUGUCCUAAUUUUGAGAUGCCAAAAGACGUAUUGAGCCUUGAGUGUGAUGUAGAAAAGCCUGAUGUGGAAUACCAGCAAACCAGUGAGAAUGCAACAAAUGUUAAUAUUGCUGCUGAAUGUAUAGGCAGUCUUCAGGUAGAUAUGAAAACCGCCCUUCUGGAAUCCAUUACAUUAUUGCAGAAUCCACCUGAUCAUCAAACCCAUGAAGCAGAAGAGUAUGAUCUGUCUCUGGCAUAUAGGCAAGAGCCACAAAUCUGCAGAAGUCCAAUGGAAGAAAACAACACUGAGAAUAACGUGUGCAGUCUUAUGACUGGAGCCGAAAAUGUAACUGGGCCGAUGAUAGAAUUAGCAGCUGGCUUGGAGAAUCACCUCCUAGAGGAGGCAGUGGAAAAUUUGCUGGGCCUCAGCUGUGAAAACAAUAAGGAGAGAAAAUGCAGUGAUGAACAGAAUGAGGAAAUUUGUAUUGAAAAUGUACAUGGCUUCCAACUGGAUGUAGCAAAAGACCUCCCGGAUGAACUGAUUCCCCGUGAAGUGACCCAUUGUCACACAGAAGUGAAAGAAGCAUUGCCUAGUUUUGCUAAUCAACAGCAGAAAAUAUAUAACAAUGAGACAAAAGGAAAUGCCUCUGAAGAAAAUCGUUACAGGAUUGAGAUGUUUUCAGAAGUUGUUGGGUUGCUAUCUGGUUCAGAGGCUCCUGACACAUCAAAAAAAUCUCUGCCGGUUGUAAGUGAACAGCUGCCAACAGGUAGCAGUACGAUGGAAAAUAGCAUUUCUGACAUGUUCCAUCAGACAGGCAGUGAGUCUAUACCCACAGAAACCAUGCAACUAACAGCUAGCCUACACAAUCGUGAGGAAUUAAAAAGAAAAGAGUCAUUGCAAAGCUUUUCUGGAGAUCUAAAUCAAGAACUCAACCUUGAUGUUGAAUCAAAAGAAAAUCUUCAUGAAGAAACUGUGCAGGUGUCAAGUACAAGUGCAGAGGACCCUGAGUUGUCAGCGAGAAAGGAAUUGACAACUUGCACACAGGCUGCCCUGACCGAGUGCACAACGGGUUCCAGUGGUGAGCAGCAGACAGGGAGAAUAGACAGACUUCAAGUUGGCAUUGCAGCUAAUUUGCUUCCAGAAACUACAGAAUUGAUACUCGAUAUUCAGAUUCCUGAUGUGGCGAGAGUAUCCAUUUUUGGUAAUGAGCAGCAAAUAUGCAGCGAUAAAAUUGAAGAGGCAGAAGCAGAUAGGAAAGUUAUCUCUUCGUUACAGAGUGGUGCAGACCAUAUUAUUAACCCUGAAAGUAUGGAAUUGGCACCACUGAUAUUUCAGGGUUCUGUCACCCCUGAACUGAUGGCUUUCAAUAAUGAGCAACAGCAAAUAUGCAACAGUGAAAUGAAGACUGCAACCUCGAAAGAAGGUGGCAGUAUAGAAGAUAACUUGUGCCCAGAUAUCACCUUGAUGUUCCCAUCUGGUCUUUCAAAAAGUUGUAACAUAGACUUUGGGGAGAAGCCAUCAGAUUUCAGUACCGAAGAGAGCAUCACAGAAAAGAACCGAUUUAAUUCAGAAUCUGAUAGUGAAAUCACUGCAUCCUCAGACACCGCAAAAUAUCUAUCCAACUUGCAGAUUCAUGAGCCGGGGAAUGGAAAAGAUUAUUUAUUAGCUUCCAGUGUUGACAGUGUCAAGAACCAAAACUCCAGUGAAGAAUCAGAAAAAAACGUGAAGAAGGUUAAAAUUGGUGAAGAAAGUUUUAUCCUAGAAGCCACAAAACUGACAUCCAUGUGUCAGGGCCCUGAAGGUGUGGAGUUGAAGGGAAUUUCAUUGGACUCUGAGAAUGAGCCACAGCAACCUUGCAACACUGAAAGCCAAGAUGCAAGCAACAUCCUGAUUGAGAGCAAGAAUAUUUCAGUCCAAGUGCUUACAGAAUUGUUGUCUAGCUCCCAGAAAUAUGAUACUGAAAAAAUUGGGGAUAAAUUGUCAUGUUUCAGCUGCGACAUUAAACAACAGUCAAGUGACGAUGAAACAAAAUUGAGUAACUUCAAAGAAAAAUCAUGCUUUGAUGAGAAGGGUAUAGACAUUUCUAUACUUUCAGGAAAUGUGCAGUUGUUAUCUUGCUCUAGUAUUGUUACUGAACUGCAGGAAACAACAAGCAGUACGCUCAACAAAGCUCAGCAAAUAUCCAUUAAUGAAACAAAAGAAGAUAUAGCUGUAGCAAAUGCAGAUCACCUUAAAAGUGUAAUCCCAGAAUCCAAUGAGUUAACUUGUAAUUCCCUGUGCUGUGGAGCAACAAGAAGAGCAGAAAUUUUAAAUCAAACAUAUGGCAGUGAGGAACAGCAGACCCUGAACCUGAGUGGAAAAAGAAUUGUUAAUGGGAAUAGUUUUGGGAGCAUUGAAAAAGGCAUGACUUUUGGAACAGAACCAGAGACAGAUUUUCCUCUUUCCAAUCUCUCUGUUUCCGAAGCUGUCAAAGUAAACCAGCUUUUGGCUGUAGCUUCAGACAGUGAACAAUAUAACGAUCUAAUGUCACAUAGUACCUGUGAGAAGGAAUUAAGUUUAGAGAUGGAUUUUGGUUCAGGAAAUGACAAACUCCCAGAGGAAGUGGAGAGAGAGAUUGUCUCAGCAGGAGGCACAGAUUGUAAAAAGCAUGCUGCGUCUCAGGGAAUGCAGCUUCUCAAAUCCACGACCAUUGAAAACAAGGAACCCAGCAGUGCAACCGAACACCUGCUUUCAUUGCACUUUAAAGAUGGAAUAGAAAGCAACUUAGAAAUUGAUGCCAAAGAACAGGAAAGCAUUAUAGGUGUUCUACCAUCGUGGAAUUGUGCGGGAAUAGAUCCAAAUUCCAUUAAGAAACAAUCUUGUGUGUCAGACAUUGAAUUUGGAAAUGAGUUCUUACUUGCUAUAGAACGAUCAGCCACACUGGGCCACAGUUCUUCCCACACGUUAGCAGAUGUAAAGGAAGAGGAGGUUCUGCCUGCUGUAUGUGCAAACACUGAGGCCAAAUUAACUGAAAAAGGACUUAAGGAAGGAUUAAAGACUGAAAGUACUUCCUUGGCUUCUGAAAGGAAAGAACCAGUUCCACAUCCUCUUCCUACAUCUGUUGCUCCUCAUCCUUCAAAGCUCGCCAAGCUUGCUAAGCCACGAGAUGAUGCUACACUUCUCCAGAAUCAACUUGAGCAGAGUCAAUUAAGAGUUUCCUUGGCUUCUGAAAAAGAAGAGUUGGUUCUGCCUGCCUUUCUCACAUCGAUUGUUCCAGAUCCUUCACAGCACUCUGAACAUCUUAAGCCACUGGCUGAUGCUGAAGUUAACCAGAAACAUCUUCCAAAGACUCCAAUAAGCAUAUCAUCACUUCAUGAAAAGCAAGAAGAUUUCCUACAUCCACCGUUUGCAGUUACUUCUCGGAUUGUACAGCCUCAGCAGAAACAAGAGUCCUCUGAACAAAUUACUAACAGCAAUACUGUGUGCAGUGACGUUACCGAGUCAAUUCUUCCUGCUCCUCCUUUAUCCAGUGACACAGAUGUUGUUGGUGCUGAACACAUUUCAAUAAGUGUUCCGGUGCCUUCUGAAUGUGAACAGCCAGUUCCUCCUCUUCCUCUACCUCUUCCACUUGCACCUUUGCAAUCUGAUGAUGCAGAUAAAACAACCACUGACGUAACAGGGCAACAAAAACACCUUGUCAGUGUUUCUUUGUCAAGUGAUUCUGAAGAGCCAAUUGUUCCUGCUCUUUCAUUUGUACCACCCCUUUCACCUGAAGGGAGUAACAACCCACAGGUUGAUGUGACAGACCUGCAGGAACUUGUAAGGCUGACUCCAAUCUUUGGCAGAAAACUCCGGGACCACCUCAGUGGCUGGAGCUCAGACUCAGAGGGAGCGUUCGAGACACCUGAAGAGACAACACCUGUCAAAGUGCCUCCGCAGAGCUCUCCCACUGCUGCUGAGAAGGAAAGCCAAGAACAGCUGCCUUCAGUACCGUCAGCAUUUUUUCCUGAUGAUAAUCAGAUUGUCGCUACCCCUGAAACCUCGAUCCAUGAAACCGACUCUUUCAGACCUCUCACUGAGUCAACUUCAAUUGUCUUUGAUGAAGAUAAACCAAUAGCCAGCAGUGGAGCUUAUAAAAUUGAUUUUGAUAGUCUUGAUGUUUUGGAUUCUUUCCAACCUCAUUCGCCUUUGGAUCCAAGCUCACCUGUGAAGUCAGAAGGUUCCAAGAUUUGUGGACAGGCUUGUGCGAAGUCCAGUUCACCACCGCCACAAUCUCCACCAUUCACACGGAGACCUGAUGGAAUUAGCGAUGUUGGUCGCACAGACCAUGGGGAUAAAGCUUUGCAGGCAGAAACCUUUAGCAUAGCCUCAGAUAAUGCUCACAGUGUUAAGAAAAAGAAACCUAGACCGCUCUCUUUAAAAAGAAAGACCAGAUCGGAGAAACCAGCAGAGACGCAAGCAGAUAAACCAACAGAGACCCCAACAGCAACAGAAACACAAGCAAGGCCAACGGAACCUGACACUGAUAAAGACGUCACUACGUCGCAAUCAUCUGGCAACAGUUUACAAAGUGCGGUAAACCAACAGGACUCUCCCAUUCCUCAUGAAGCUUCCUGCAGCUUUGCAGAUGAUCUUUCUGAGCGUAACCCAUUUGCUAGUGGAGAUAAACAACUAAGUUUACCAGUAGCACAGAGUGAAAGUGAGACUUUCACUGUAGCUUUAAAAGAACCUGAAUCGGAGUCUGGAACAGUUUCCGAUACUCCAGCUGUGGGACAUGCAGUGAGGCUGGAAUUUGAUUACUCUGAGGAUAAAGACAGUUUUGAAACUGAACAAGAUAAACAGACUGUUCCUAAGAAGUUUGGCAAAAAAUCCAGUGGAAAGAUGCCACUUAGAAAGCCAAAGAUAGGAAUCAAGAAGGUUCCUAAUGUUGAAAAGGUAGACAAUUCUCUUGCUGCUUCAGCUCAUUCAACUGCUGAUCCUGAUGAUAUUCCUAUUCCAAAGACAACAUAUUCAUUUGACCCUUCCAAAUGGGAUGACCCUAAUUUCAACCCAUUUAGCAGUAAUGUACAGGUUCCAAAUUCUCCCAAGUUGCCUCAUGCUUCAUUCAGUUUUGAAACGGACAACUGUGAUAACUCUGUGGACCCAUUUAAAUCUUCUACAAAAAUCUCAGGAUCCCCUUCCCAUUCACCUGCUUCAUUUGAGGUGAAUGAUGACACCAGUACAAAUGAGGGGGAUGUUAAUAAUAAAUCAUCAAAGAAGAAGAGGCUACCUUUAAAAACAAACACUUUUAGGGUGAAGAAAUCCCCAAAGCGCACCUCGCUAUCUGAAACAUCCUCACAGGAAUCAACUCCACUUACUACUCCUGACACCCAACAAGUAAUUGGCACAGUGGAACAUGCCACAGAUGAAGAGAAACUGGCGUCUUCUGUGACAAAUCAGAAAUGGUCUUACUCUGGAAUACAAACUGAAUUGGAAGAAGAUAAAGCUGAUUAUCCUCAGCCUUCAGAUCUUUCAGCAUUUGUGAAUGAGAAUUCUGAAUUUGUAAAUGAGAACUAUUCUUCAACGGUCCUGGGAUAUGAACACUCAUUAGACAUAGAGUACAUGGAAAAACUUGGUUCAUCAUCACCUCAACAUGAAACAAACACAAAGAAACAGUCCAUGUACUUAAAGAUUGAUUCUCUGAAAGACAGUCCAAUAAAAUGCCCUUCUGUCAGGUUAUCCGAUUCAACUACUCCUUGUUCAGGCUCAAGUUUAGACGAUGCAGAUGAUGCAAAUAAACUUUCCAUCGCACGACCCUUGGCUGCUAGCCAAGAGGCACAUUUACAGUCACCUGACAGAGUGAAAGACAAAGAUUCCCUGAACUCCUCUCCAGUAAAAUCAGACCUGGCAACUCCUGAGGAACCUGUUGCCUCUGCAGAUGCCUUGUUAAGUAGGAUUAUAGGACACACAGAUGAUGAGCUUGACUAUCUGCAGCCUGACACAGCUGAAAAGAACCCUUCGGCAUUUGCAUACAAAUUACAGGAAGAGCUAGUGUAUGCAGCCAUGAGGAUAGAAGCACUGCAGCUAGCCAAAGAGCUUUCCAACUCUCCCAGCAGCUCCUUAGAUUAUGAGAUCAGAGGGAGGAGUACAACCAGAAGACAAUGGGCCAAUUUUGGUUCAUGCUUACAACAACGGGACAGUACACCGUCAAUGGACAUUCCCAUUACAAAAGGUGCACUAUAUUCUCGGACUGGUGACAGCGAAGUUGAUGACACUCAAGCGGAUGGACAUCAUUACAGUCAAAGAGAUUUGGAUUCUGCUUUGAGAACAGCUAGGGAGGAGAUUGUUGCUCAGGAAAGAGAAGCGGCAGACUGGAAGAGGAAAUAUGACGAAAGUAGGCAAGAGGUUGUUGAGAUGAGGCGGAUUGUUGCAGAGUACGAGAAGACCAUAGCCCAAAUGAUAGAGGAUGAUCACAGGGAAAAGUCCAUCUCCCAUCACACAGUACAACAGCUAAUAAUGGAAAAAGAUCAGGCCUUGUCUGAUCUGAACUCUGUGGAGAAAUCUCUUGCAGACCUCUUCAGGAGAUAUGAGAAGAUGAAGGAGGUGUUGGAGGGGUUCCGAAAGAAUGAGGAAGUGUUGAAGAAAUGUGCCCAAGAGUAUCUUGCCCGGGUAAAGAAAGAAGAACAGCGAUACCAUGCUCUUAAAAUCCACGCAGAGGAAAAGCUUGACAAGGCCAAUGCUGAGAUUGCUCAAGUACGAGCUAAGUCCAAAUCAGAACAUGCAGCCUUUCAGGCCAGCUUACGGAAAGAACAGAUGAAAGUUGAGUCACUGGAGAGAACUUUAGAACAAAAGAAUAAGGAAGUAGAAGAACUGACUAAAAUCUGUGAUGAACUGAUUGCCAAAAUGGGGAAGAGUUAAUGUUGCCUAUUUUUUUUUCAAAGUAGUGAAAAAAUACUGAGUGCAAUAAAGCCAGUGGUGCAGUAAUGUUGGCUCACUUAUGUGAACGUUGGGGAUUACACCACAUUUUCAAUGCACUAUAUCUCUUUUUCCACGGAGGACUGUUUAAUGUAUGUAGCAUUCAACUGGCCCAUGGAAGUUUUCCUUUUACUGUCUGCUGUAUUGUAGUAUGGCACACAACAAAUGUUAUGAGUUCCUGUAUCAGGGAGACUGGUUCUUUAAUGAUUAGAUUAGAUGCAUUAGAUAUGAGGUUGAUUUGAUUUUUUUUUGUUUAUUUCUUUUUAUGGGUUCCCAUGUAUUGUGUGUUCAAAGUUUCAACUUACUGUACAUUACAUUACUGCAAGCGAAGUCUUGCAAAUUUUCAGUGAAGCCUUAAGAGUCUAGACUUGAUCUGCAUUAUGGAUUUAUAAAAAUGCAUGUGUGUCAAUGAAGUUCUCUAUUGUAAAUAAAUUUUAGUUUAAAAUCACA